AUGUCGGUGCAAGAGCCAGGCUCGGGAGGAGAGGGUCCUGAAGCCUCGACGUCGUCGAGCCAAACAAUUGGCGGUGAAAAGCCAAAGAAACAGGUCCAGGUCGUUGGCGCGCCCCCGCCGCUGCCCUUUGGCGGAAGAAAGGCAGAGGAGAGAGACGAGGACAGCGGAGAUGACGACGAGGAUGCGGAGGAGGAUGAAGGGGAAGAGGAUGAAAGAGACGAGGAAGACGGAGAGGAAGGACGGGAGGGAGCAGAGGCAAGGCAGAAUGGGAGAGAAGAGGCCGAGGAGGAGGACCUUCUUGCCAAUUUCCCAGAGGAUGAAGACACUAUCGACUUGACCCACCUCCGGCUUACUACCAAGGCACUUCGGAGACUUCCAUGGUCGAAGUUCUCAAAGUCACUCGAGCGGCUAUCGAUGCGGCAGAAUGAAAUCUCAAAGAUAACCGAGUAUGACGUUGGCCAGCUGAAUGCGCUCAAGGAGCUGGACCUGUAUGACAAUGGGCUUGAAAAGACGUAUGGCGAGGUCCUCAAGGCCUGUUCAAAUCUCGAGUCGCUCGACUACUCGUUCAAUUCCAUCCGUCACAUCUCCCACCUAAACCACCUCGCCAACGUGCACACUCUCUACUUUGUUCAGAACAAGAUCUCCCGCGUGAGGGCAGACGAUUUGACUGGGCCUAUUGGUGUCAACCUCCGCAGCCUCGAGCUGGGCGGCAACAAGCUAAGGUCUCUCGAGCAUAUCGGUCAUCUCACUAAACUAGAGGAGCUUUGGGUCGGCAAGAACAAAAUCACCAAGUUAGAAAAUCUCUCGUCGUUGAAAUCGCUUCGAAUUCUUUCGAUACAGUCAAACCGGCUGACGAAGAUUGAGGGACUGGAGGCGCUGACCAAUCUCGAAGAGCUCUACCUCUCUCACAAUGGCCUGCAGGCUCUUGAAGGCCUGGAGAGCAACGCCAGGCUGACGACGCUUGACGUGGGCGCCAACCGAAUUGAGGAGAUCAAGGGCGUAAGCCAUCUGAGCGUACUCGAGGAAUUCUGGGCAAAUGACAAUGCAAUCACAACGAUUCAAUCCAUCGACGAUCAACUUGGUCCGAACAAGUGUCCGAAGCUCAACACAGUCUACCUCGAGGGUAACCCGGUCCAGCGUAGCGAAGGAGCAGCCUAUCGACGCAAGCUGAUGCUGGCUCUUCCUCAGAUUUCGCAAAUUGAUGCAACCUUCGUAAAGCAGGCAAUGUAG